AUGGAUAUGGCUGAGGACUACACUGAUGAAAACGAAAGGCGUUUCUACGAAUUUGUGCGUCAGCACCUUAUAUAUUUCUUACUCUUCAUUUUUUUGUACCUGAUCUCCUAUUCUCUCCUUCGGUAUUUCAAAAAGCGUAGUGACUACGAUGAACUCUAUGCAGGAAAAGAAGAUUUUUUUGUCUUCAGGACAUCUCUGUGGAUGUGCACAUGUUCGUUGGCUGUUUCACUUGCUGCCGCUACGUUGUUACCGUUUUCUGUGAUUGGUUCUGAGAUUAUUUAUGCAUAUCCAAACAAUUACUACUUUAAGUGGCUAAACUGGCCGCUCAUACAUACUCUUUGGAACUAUAUAUUUGGACUAAGUAAUUUGUCGCUUUUCAUCCUCUUGCCAUUUGCCUAUUUUUUUAUUGAAUCACAGGGUAUUAGAGGUCAUGGAAAGGUUCGUUAUACUGUUCUCUUUUUAUUUUUCUUAUUUUUUUUCGUUGUUUUUCAUUUAGUUUAUAGAUUUCUGCUUUUUCAGUCCCGAACUUUAUCUAUUUCGCUAUCGAUUAUAAAUUUCACUUCGGUGAAUCUUCCUUUCAUUUAUUCUUGUGUAUCCUUGUUUGGGGUACUUACGCUGCUGAUCACAACUCCAGUUGGUAAGUGGUUGUUUGUCUUUUCGAAAACUUUGUGCACUUCCCUAUUUGUUAUUUUUUUUGUUCUAGGUUUUACACGAAUGUUUACAAUGGUUUCUGAUCAUCUGUUGGCUCCUUUCGAAGUCCAAUUGGAACAUCGUUCUGGGGAUGAUCCUAAAUAUGAUAACGAGUUUGGAUGGCGAAAUCCAGUUCCCACCGGAAACUUAAGUUGUAUUCCGUCUGCAAAUUCUCAUUUUAUGUCAUUCUCUAGGGACCGCCAUCUUCGUUCAAGGAACGUAAGAAAUGGCUCAGUGAACUAUAUUUUUAAUAAGACACCGGAACCUUUUUUACCGGAAAAGCCUCUUCGUGGUUACCAGAAAGUGUUACAGUCCAUCAAGUUCCCGCUCGCUAUAAUUAUUUUGCUUGUUUUAACAGUGAUAUAUUAUUCUUUGCUGGAUGUUUGCUUGAACCUCUUGCACAACUUAGGGGUUUCUGUACUUAUGGUGAUCAUCAAUAUUUUACAACUCCUUUUUGGUUAUCGAGCUUUACCAGCUUAUGUUCAGUACAUUAAUGUUAAUUCACGUCACAUUUUUGGCAUAUUUGGUGCCUUUGUUGAGAUAGUUAUUAUAUGGUACUUGAUGUUAGCAUCUUUGGUUGGUCUGUAUUCGGCACCGAUUUUAAAAAGGAUGAGACCACGUAAGGCAGGGACUUCGAUGACUAGUAUUGUUGCAAAUUGUACAACAGUGUUGAUCCUUAGCUCUGCUCUUCCUGUACUUGCCAGAACGUUAGGUAUUACGACGUUUGAUCUCCUAGGCGAGUAUGGAAACUUAAAUUGGCUUUCUAAUCUGAAAUUAGUGUUGGCUUACAAUGUGGUAUUUUUGGUUCCUACUGUACUUUGUUUGGUGAAUCAUUUUACUGCCUCUGUGAGAAAAGAGGUUGUAAGGAGGUCUGUUCUUUUUCUCUUUAUUUAA